GUUGAAGGUGGGGGGACAGCAGAGCGCACAAACUCUCAAUUUCUAUAUAAAUAUAAAGACAACUCCAACGGUUAGCGGAGAGAACCCUAAUCGUUUUUCAAAAAUUCAAAAAUAUUGUGUCCGUCCAGAUCAGGAAGAAGAACCACAGUAGCAGUCGAUGGAGGAGACCCACACCGAGAUCGAGGGGUUGGAUCCAGAGACGGAGUUUCUUCUCUCGAAGAGACAGACUGGGAACGAGUGGGAGCUUUUCAAGGAGAACGUGAGGCCCUUGAAGAGAGGCCGUAAAGUUGGCAUCCUAAAUGACGCCCUCAAAUCCCACAACGACAAUCAUCUCAAGAAAUCUCUUCUUGAAAACCGAAGGAGGUUGAUCGAGGCGAUCGAUGAGUAUAAUGGAGAUGACCCACUUCAGCCAUGGCUCGAGUGUAUUAAGUGGGUUCAGGAAGCAUUUCCACCGGGUGGAGACUACUCGGGGUUGGUUGUGAUAUAUGAACAAUGCGUGCGUACUUUUUGGCAUUCUGAUCGCUAUAAGGAUGAUCUACGAUACCUUAAAGUGUGGUUGGAAUAUGCUGAAAAUUGUGUUGAUGCAGAAAUCAUAUACAAUUUUCUAGAUGCAAAUGAAAUUGGCAAGUCACAUGCUGUGUACUAUAUAUCGUACGCUUGGCACAUGGAAUUGAAGAACAAGUUGAAACUUGCCAACGAAAUUUAUGAUCUUGGGAUAUCCAGGAAUGCUCAACCAGUUGAAAAAUUGAAGGAUGCCUAUAAGAAAUUUUUUGCCCGCUCAAUGAGAAGACCAAAAGCAACAGAUGAGGAUUCAAUGGACAAGCGCUUACCAGCACGGAGUUUUGGAACUGUACUCACUGGGGGAGGAAAUCGAAUGCAUACCACUGAGAACUCUGAUAUUGUCAGGAAAAAUCCAAAUAGGGCUCGUGCAACUCCACUCGCUAUUUAUAAAGAUUCAAAUGCUGUUGAUAUCCCAUUGCAUCAUCAGCCAGAUAAACCAAAGACAGACUUGAAUUCUUGGCAGUUUCUUGGAGCUCGAGCAGAGAGAAGCAAAGAAAACAAUCCAGUCCCUACCAAGUGGACGUCAUUCAAGGUGCCCCACAAACCUGUAUCUAGAACUGGAGGAGCAACUGCAAGUGCCUGUAUUGAGGUGUUUGUUGAUGAAGAAUGUGAAGAAAUGCAUAAGACGGAUCCUGAGGGUGGCAAGUCUUCGACUUUGCAACUUAGGCAUGGGGAUGGCCAAGAACUUAAAAAGGAAACAGAGCUACUGAGGGAGAAUCCAUUGCGUAAUUUUCCAGCAAACAGCCUUCCAAGAUGAUCAAAUCUGGCGCAGUCGCAAGUGCUGCUUGCAGCGUUGCAUGAGUUCAUCCGUGGUUCAGCUUUUGUCUCUAAAGCCUGAAUCCAUAUUCAUCCUUUAUCUCCCCCUUCAAGUUGUAGUAGGAUUUGGGUUGAUUAGUAUUUGUGUUUUGUAUUUUUCCUUGAUACACUUGUGUAUUAUUGAGCAAGGAUACUAUGGUUUUGUCUUU